CAAAUUAAAUAAACUAAUUAUUUUUCAGAAAUAACUAGCGUUUUAUGUGAGUUUUAAAAUGUUUAAAGAAAGGUUUAAAUAUUACAAAAGGAAGUUACCAGUUCCAGAUUUUAGUUCUGUUAUCGAUCUCGAUAAAAGCGUACACGAAUUUGCCGCACAGAUACAACAAGUGAACUUAAACGCGCCUCAACAUGUAACUGAGGAUUUUCCAGGUCUGGAACCUGUAAACAAAUGGCUCUGUUAUAGUCUAAACACCUCGGGCGUUAUUGUAAUACGAAAUCCUUUCACUGUGCAGGGUCAACGUUACUGGAUGGCUCGGUGUUUACAAGACUAUUCGCGAAGUCCAAACGUAAAUAAUCUAAGCCCACAUCUCUUUCCCGCAGAAGUACUUGAUGAUUGGUGGCGAUCUUUGCAAACAAGUAAUGACAUGGAUGAAAUUCGCCGUAUGAACAUCUCAAUGAGGUGGGCUACUCUUGGUUAUCAUCACGAUUGGGAUUCUAAAUUGUACUCUGACGAAAAACGUGGCGUGUUUCCCAAUGAUCUUGCCUCAUUAAGUGCAUACUUUGCUUCGGCUUUAGGUUUCAAGUUCUAUGAAAGCCAGGCAGCGAUUGUAAAUUUUUAUCCCAUCGGUACAACACUUUCUGCCCAUACAGAUCAUUCCGAACCUAAUCGGACAGCUCCUUUGUUCUCGUUUAGUUUUGGACAAACUGCGAUAUUUUUAAUCGGUGGAAGAACAAAAGAUGUUUCGCCAUUGGCUGUAUACUUACGUAGUGGAGAUGUGCUCGUCAUGUCGGGUGAAUCUCGUUUAUGCUAUCAUGCUGUUCCACGUGUAAUGAAAGCUAGCGAUGAACCAUGGAAUAAUCUUGUUCACACAGAAAGUGCCAUAUCCACAGAAUCACCCAGCUGUAAAAGGGCCCGAAUCGAACCAGUGGUUAUUGAUAAGGUUAAUACAUUUGGUAUAGAUACAACGUUAUAUCAACAAGUAAUUGACGAAACCUUUUGGUUACCGUUUAAAAACUACCUUAAUUAUGCUCGGAUUAAUAUUAAUGUGCGACAAGUAUUAAACGCUGGUGAAACCAAACUACCAAGUUUGGAACAAGAUUUGAAUAGUAAUACUGAAGAUUUAAAAAAGAAUAAUGCAAAUAAUAAUUGAUUUUUUAUUAUAAGUAUUAUUAUUUUAAUUAUUUAAGACGAUACGUGCACGUUACAAGUAUAAAUGUAUAUUGUAUAUAAUAUAUGUCACAUUAAGAGAAGAA